AUGUCGAGUGGUUCAUGGUCGUCUCAACAAACACACCGUCCUGUCCUCCCUCCGAAUCCCACCGCUAUGUGUAACUGGCGUCGCGUCCGCAACCACUACAAGCGCUGUGGGCACUACAUUGACUUGCCCGAAGAAGAGAUCAAAUGCGAAGAUCGUUACUGCAAGUUCAGCCCGGCACAUCCUCCUGAUUGUGUUCCUCCGGAGUGCACUAAGCGGUGCUGGCAGUACCACCAGUUUCCGGAGCAAUAUAAUCCGGUUAUAGACAACAUUUGCCCUUCCUGCAUCCAGAUUGCCAGAGCCCAGGCAGCGGCGCGUUGA